AUGGGCGCCCUAACCACCACCACAGCCCCACUCCAUGUGGGUCGGGUCAAGAAGUUGGACAUGAUAAUAAACCGGAUCCACACCUUUGUUCACGGCCUCGCGCUCGUUGCCCUCCUCCGCUACCGCCUCACCACCCUCUCCCACAUGCCCACCCCACUCCUCCCACACAUCCUCAUCUUCCUCUCCGAACUAAUCCUCUCCUUCCUUUGGCUCCUCCAUCGCCCUUCCAAGUGGCGGCCCGUCACGCGGUCCACCCACCCGGAGCGCCUACCACCGGAUGAGGAGCUGCCAUCGGUGGACGUGUUUGUGUGCACGGCCGACCCCUCUAAGGAACCACCACUCGGAGUGAUGAACACCGUCAUAUCUGCCAUGGCCCUCGACUACCCUCCCAACAAGCUGGCAGUGUACCUUUCCGACGACGGCGGGGCUCCUUUCACUCUCUUCGCCAUCAGGGAGGCAUGGAAGUUCGCCAAGCUGUGGGUCCCAUUCUGCAGGAGCCACGCCAUCGGGACCAGGUGCCCUGAGGCAUAUUUCUCUGCCUCGGCCACUGGCGACACCAGGUUUCUGGCUCAGAGGAAGGAGAUUGAGAAAAGGUACGAGGAAUUCAAGAAAAGCCUGGAGACAAAUAUGGAAAUCAUUGGCACUUCGGUCAGCAGAGAUCACUCGGCCAUAAUCGAGGUGAUAAAUGAUGCGAAUGGAAAUGGAAAUAACGAGUCGAACCAAAAGGGAAUGCCAUUUCUUGUCUAUGUAGCUCGCGAAAAAAGGCCCUCUCAUCCACACCAAUUCAAAGCUGGAGCAAUUAACGCGCUUCUUCGUGUAUCAGCCAUGAUCAGCAAUGCCCCAUACUUUAUAGUGCUCGACUGUGACCAUUAUUGCAAUGAUCCAACCUCGGCCCGUCAAGCAAUGUGCUAUUAUUUUGAUCCCGAAAUAUCACCAAAGCUAGCAUGGGUUCAGUUUCCUCAGCACUUCCAUAAUAUGAGUCAGUAUGAUUUGUAUGACGGCAAUCUGCACUACUAUUGGAGGGAGUGGGAAGGGCUGGAUGGUCUAAGAGGGCCAACAAUUACUGGCUGCAAUUUUUACAUGAAAAGGGAAGUAUACUAUGGAACUGACAAAAUCCCAAAGGAUGCUGAUCUAAACCAGCUCAAGAAGUUUUUCGGUUCGAGCAACGAGUUGAUAAAAUCAACUUACAAAGGUUACAGACCGAACGUGUCGAGGGAUGAUGGGAAGAUUUCGGAUGCGCUGCAGAAGGAGAUCCAAUGGCUCGCUUCUUCUACUUACGACAAUGGCUCCGAAUGGGGAUUAGAGGCGGGAGCAAGGUAUAACACUGUAGUGGAAGACUCGAUGACGAGCCUUAUAUUACACUGUAAGGGCUGGAUUUCAGUGUGGGUUGACCCAGCCAGGCCUUGCUUCCAGGGCACAUGCCCCACAAACCUGAAUGAUAUGCUGGUCCAACAAACAAGGUGGGCUUUCGGGCUGCUACGAAUGACCUUGUCAAAGUUUUCGCCUCUGAUAUACGGCCCACCUCGGAUGUCCAUUUUCCAAAGCAUGUGCUAUGCAGCCCUCACCAUGGACCCUCUCUAUGUGUUCCCUUUUUUCGGUCUCGGCCUCAUUCCUCAAAUCUGCCUCUUACAUGGCAUCUCCCUCUAUCCCCAGGUCUCGGACCCCUUUUUCCUGGUUUUUGCUUUCCUUUUCCUAUCGUCCCAAGUGAAGCACGUGCAAGAAGUGGUCUCGUACAGGGACCCGCUUCGUACUUCCCUCUACGACCUAAGGGUGUGGAUGAUGAAGUCCGGUUCAUGCUACCUCUAUGCAACCCUAAACGCGUUCCUCAACCUGUUUGGAUUAAACGAGGCCGAUUUUUCACUGACGAGUAAAGUCCCAGACGACGAGGAGACCAAGCGCCACAAGGACGGUGUGUAUGACUUCCAGACUUCACCUCAACUUCUUGUCCCGAUGUGCACCGUCUACAUAUUGAAUCUGGUCUCCUUUAUCGUCUGGACCACAAGGGUCUUCCGAGGUGACGUAGGGGCAAAGGAGGCAUUGUUUGGUCAAGCCGCGCUUGCUCUGUUCGGGAUUGGUGUGAACUACCAUUUGUUUGAGGGGAUGGUGUUGAGGGCUGAUAAGGGCCGGAUUUCGCCCUUUGUGACGGUGUUGUCCAUUGGUGUCACCGUGGUUGUGUGGUUCCUCGGAUCGCUUCUCGUUUAUUAUUGA